CCCGGCUGCCCGGUUCCCAUAGCCGCCAAGCCGAGCGCUGCCAUGGCGCUGGCCAGGGGGGUUUCCCGGGCCCCUGGGGGGUCCGUCCUUCUGCUCCUGCUCCCCUGGGCCUCUGGCCUCGCCCUCCUGGCUGGAACGGGAUCUCCGGAGCCCCCCAGUGCCUGUGCCUCAGCCCCGUGCACGCCGGGGACCCGGUGCCAGGCUGCCGACGAUGGUGGCUACACCUGUGCGCCCCCUGAGCCCGGAGGCUGUGCCAGCCAGCCCUGCCACCACGGCGCUCUGUGUGUGCCCCUGGCCCCAGACAGCCAGGGCUUCCGCUGCUACUGCGUCCCUGGGUUCCAGGGUCCCCGCUGUGAGUUGGACAUCGACGAGUGCGCAUCCAGGCCCUGCCGCCACGGGGCCACCUGUCGCAACCUGGCUGACCGCUUCGAGUGCCACUGUCCCCUGGGAUAUGCGGGCGUCACCUGCGAGGAGGAGGUGGACGAGUGCGCCUCGGGGCCCUGCCUGCACGGGGGGUCGUGCCUGGACGGCGUGGGCUCCUACCGCUGCGUGUGCGCCCCCGGCUACGCGGGCACCAGCUGCCAGCUGGACCUGGACGAGUGCCAGAGCCAGCCGUGCGCACACGGGGGCGCGUGCCACGACCUGGUCAACGGGUUCUGGUGCGACUGCGCAGACACGGGCUACGAGGGCGCGCGCUGCGAGCGGGAGGUGCUGGAGUGCGCGUCCGCGCCCUGCGCGCACAAUGCCACGUGUCUCGACGGCCUUGGGAGCUUCCGCUGCCUCUGCUGGCCAGGCUACAGCGGUCAGCAGUGUGAGGUGGACGAGGAUGAGUGCGCGGCGCAUCCCUGCCAGCACGGGGGUCAGUGUCUGCAGCGCUCGGACCCGGCUCUCUACGGCGGGGCCCAGGCCGCCUUCCCCGGCCCCUUCAGCUUCCAGCACGCGGCUGGCUUCCUGUGCCGCUGCCCUCCUGGCUUUGAGGGGGACGACUGUGGUGUGGACGUGGACGAGUGCGCCUCCCGGCCGUGCCACAACGGAGGCAGCUGCCAGGACCUGCCCAACGGCUUCCAGUGCCGCUGUGUGGACGGCUACACAGGUCUGACGUGUCAGCAAGACGUGGACGACUGUGCAUCGGGGCCCUGCCUCCACGGCGGCACUUGUGAGGACGCUGUGGCCAGCUACAUCUGCUGGUGCCGGGAGGACUGGGGUGGACACGACUGCUCCGUGCGUCUCACUGGCUGCCGGGGCCAGCCUUGCCCCCCUGCGACCACCUGCACACCUACCUUUGAGUCCGGAGUUCACGGUUACACCUGCCGCUGCCCGCCUGGCACCCACGGACCUCUGUGUGGCCAGAAUACCACCUUCUCCGUGGUGGCCGGGGCCCCCGCGUGGGCAUCCGUGCCAGCCGGGGGCCCCCUGGGUCUGGCGCUGAGGUUCCGCACCACGCUUCCCGCCGGGGCCUUGGCCAGGCGCACUGACGCCCAGGGCAGCUUGGAGCUGGCUCUGGCGGCGGCCACGCUGCAGGCCACGCUCUGGACACUCGGCAGCGUGGCGCUGGUCCUGCGGCUGCCAGACCUGACCCUCAACGAUGGCCGCUGGCACCGCGUGGAGGCGACACUCUGCCUCGGGGUCCUGGAGCUGCGGCUCUGGCACGAGGGCUGCCCUGCCCGGCUCUGUGUGGCUUCCGGCCCCGUGGCCCCCAGCCCUACGGCCUCCACGGCCCCUGCACCCACCGGGCUGAACUCCGUCCAGCUGGGCGGCUCGGCCUUUGCCGGCUGCCUCCAGGAUGUGCGUGUGGACGGGCGUGUCCCGCUGCUGCCCGAGGAUCUGAACGGGACCGUACUCGUGGGCUGUGAGCGCCGGCCGCAGUGCCAGCCGGCACCGUGCGCCCACGGAGGGCUCUGCGAGGACCUGUGGACCCACUUCCGCUGCGCCUGCCCCCGGCCGUACCUGGGCCCCACGUGCAUGGAGGAGGUUCCUGCGGCCACUUUCGGCCUGGGGGACACCCCAAGUGUGGUCACCUUCCUGCUUCCGCAGCCACCACGCCCCAACCUCACCGUGUCCUUCUUCCUGCGCACCCGGGCCCGCGCCGGCCUGCUACUGCAGGUCGCCAACGAGUCCGACUCCACGGCCACCCUCACGGUCUUCCUGCGGGAGGGCCGCGUCUGGGCCCAGCUUCCCGGCGUCGCCGCCCCCCGGGAGCUCCCCGGACACUGGGACGACGGGCUCCGCCGCCUGGUGACGCUCAGCCUCGGGGCCGACCCGCUGCAGGGCUGGGGACAGCAGGUGACCGUUGGGGGCCGGCUCCUCCCCGCCGAUGCCCGGCCCUGGGGGGGCCACUUCCGAGGCUGCCUCCAGGACCUGCGGCUCAACGGCCUCCACCUCCUCUUGUCUCCGUGGCCACUGGGGAACUCAAGCCAGCCUGGCCAGCUGGGCAGCGGGCAGGCCUGGAAUGUCACCACUGGCUGCGUCUCCGAGGAUGUGUGUAGCUCUGAGCCCUGUCUCAAUGGCGGGACCUGCCUUGUCACCUGGAAUGACUUUCACUGCACCUGCCCCGCCAACUUCACAGGCCCAACGUGUGCCCAGCCGCUGUGGUGUCCCGGGCAGCCCUGCCUCCCGCCCGCCACCUGUGAGGAGGUGCCUGGGGGAUUUGUCUGCGUGACCGAGGCCACCUUCCGCGAGGGCCCUCCGGUCGAGUUCAGCGGGGACAACGUGUCGUCGCCGCUGGGCGGCCUGGCGCUAGCCUUCCGCACGCGGGACCCCGAGGCCGGGCUGCUGCGGGCGCAGAAGGGCGGCCAGGCCGUGUGGCUGGGCGUGCGCAACGGCUCGCUGGCGGCCGCCGUGCGCAGCGGCCCGGGGCCGGCCGGCGGGGCGGUGCUGCCCGCGCCCGGGCCGCGCGUGUCGGACGGCGCGUGGCACCGCGUGCGCCUGGCCCGGGAGCGCCCGGCAGCCGCCGCGUCGCGCUGGCUGCUGUGGCUGGACGGCGCGGCCACGCCGGUGCCGCUGCGGGGCCUGGCCGGGCCCCUGGAGCUCCUGCGCGGCCCCGACGCGGCGCGCGUGCGGCUGGCCGAGAACUUCACGGGCUGCCUGGGCCGCGUGGCGCUCGGCGGCCUCCCGCUGCCCCUGGCGGCCCCGCGGCCCGGCGCGGCCCCCGGCGCCCGCGCGCCCUUCUCCGCCCCGCCCGGCGCGCCCGCGCCCCGCCUCGGCUGCCAUGGCGCGCCCGUGUGCAGCCCCUCGCCCUGCCUGCACGGCGCCGCCUGCCUCGACCUCUUCGACGCCGUCGCCUGCGCCUGCCGCCCCGGCUGGGAGGGACCGCGCUGCGAGGCCCGCGCCGACCCCUGCCGCCCCGCCGGCCGCCGCUGCAGGUCCCCUGUCCUGGCCGGAGACUGCGCCCUCAACUCCACCUGCCCUGGGGGAGCCCUGUGUGAGGAGCCGCCUGGAGGGUCCAACUGCACGUGCCCCGAGGGCUUCUCCAGCUCCAGGUGCCCGGUGCCCUGUGAUGCCAAGCCCUGCCUGAACGGGGGCACCUGCCAGGCGGCGGAUGGGGUCUACGAGUGUCUCUGCAGCGCCGGCUUCUCAGGCCGGUACUGUGAAGUGGCGGAGGGCCUGUCGCUGCCGUUCCCGCUGCUGGAGGUGGCCGUGCCCGCCGCCUGCGCCUGCCUGCUCCUCCUCCUCCUCAGCCUGCUCUCGGGCAUCCUGGCCGCCCGCAAGCGCCGCCAGUCCGAGGGCACCUACAGCCCGAGCCAGCAGGAGGUGGCCGGGGCGCGGCUGGAGAUGGACAGUGUCCUCAAGGUGCCCCCCGAGGAGAGACUCAUCUAGGCUCCUCCUGGGAGGCCGAACGUUCCUCUCAGCCGAGGGGAGCAGUCCCUGGAUCCCUCUGGGGGGCUCCACUGCCCACUGAUGGAGGAGCCCUGCUUCUGCCUCCUCAGGGAAGAGGCAAAGGGGGCACUCAGGGAAGCUGGGCUGACACCGCGAGCCCCUCAGGCCUUCCCGUCUGGCCUAGGGCCAUCAGUAAGGGACCCAGGGGAGUUUAUGUGCGUGCACAGGCGUGCAUGUACACGUGUGCAAGUGUGCCUGUGUGCACACCCAUGCCUGAGAGUGAAUGUACAUGUGUGAAUGUGCAUGCAUGGACUGUGUGUCUUUGGCGCAUGGAUGUAUGGCUGUGAUGCACACACGUGUAUGUGUGUGCAUGUGUACAUGUGUGCGUGCAUGGACCAUGCAGGUGUAUACUUGUGCAUGUGUACCUCACCUACGUGUGUAACAAAGGGUAUGCAAGUAUGUGUGUGUGUGUACAGGUGUUCUUGGGUGUGUCUGCGUGGGCUAUUUGUUCCCACGUGUGCAUGUGCCCAUGGGUGUGCCUGCGUGCUUGUGUGCGUUUGUGUUUCUGUGUAUGCAUGUGUGUGUGCGCAGGAUCUCUAGGACUGCCAGCUGGCAGAUGUGGUGCAGAUGUUUGAGACGCGGCUCCUGUCACCCUCCUGUCAUUGCUGUGGGUGCACAGGACUGUGGGCACAAGUGUCAUGGCCCGAGCUGCAUCAUCGCUAGGCGGCCAGGUCAGGCUCUAACCAGGGCCCCGUUCCUGCCCCUUCCCUGGCUCCUGGGGCGACUCCCACCCUGAAGGGCCGUGGGAAAAGGGGGCCUUAGCCAGGGACAGGGGGGGUGCAGCGUCAGACACACUUGGCUCCGCGGGCAGAGCUGAGUGUGGGUGCAGGGAGGGGGUGCUGGGGGGCUGGCGAGGACCAAGGAGCAGCUGUGUCCCCGCCCACCUCCAGCCCCUGCAAUUGUGGGGUUCUUGCCUCGACGCCUCCGGUCAGCUCCCACGGCUGAGGGACCUGGCCUGAAGGCUUCUGGGGGUCCCACACCUGCCGUGCCAGGGUACCAAGGCGCCAAGGCCAGGAAGCCCUCUCCCGCCUCAGGCCGGAGGACUUGACCCAGCACCCCGGGGGCCUGCAGAGUCCCUAGGGAACUUGGGGAGUAAGGGGGGGUUGGGAUAGGAGGGGGCCCGCCACCGGGCCAGCUGACCCUGCUUCUGAAGUGCAGGAGGAGGAGACGGCUGGGCCCCGAGUCAGACCUGGCAAACCCGUGUUCUCAGCAGACACGAGGACACCUGGGGUGGAGCCCCACCACGGGAGACCCCGUUCCGCCUCCUCCUAGCUCUGAAGGUUCUGGCGUCUGUACUUCCCGGGGCAGACAGCGACGGUGACUGGGGUGACGGGGCCAUUUAACCCUCAACACUCUGGACGCCGGGUCCCGGCUCACCCGCCCCCUGCAUCUCAGAGGGGCAGGUCCCCACUGACGUCAGGAGUUGCCGGGGGCUCCUCCAACGGGUCCUUUCCUCAGCCCAGGGCCCUUUCCUCAGCCCAGGGCCCUCUGUGGACACCCAGCUUGAGAGACUGGGUCCCUGGGAUUCCCCGCCGGCCUCCACCUCCAGGGGGCGCUGCGAGGGUCACGCCACUCCCUGGCUACCCGAGGCUUGACUGCACAAACAUCACCCAGGGGGUUGCCCCUCAGUCCAGAGGGAGCCGGAAAGUUGCAGUGCUCAGAGGAGCCCGGGGGUUGGUCCCCGCCACCAGGGGGGGACAGCUGGCUUGGACAGCAUCCAGGGGGCAGCCUGGUACCUGCCCAGGACGAUGGGGUGGGAGAAACCUGGGCUCUGAGGUGCCCCACGCAGGCCCGAGGGGCUG